CUCAUCCGGUGCGGAGCGGCGUGUUUACGUCCUGUUUUAAGGAUGCUAACCGGACAGUUUGGAGUGCAGAAACAUCAAAGUUUGUGACGGAGAGAUUGCGCUGUUGGCAGUUGGAGUUGAUCUGCGGCUCAACUUGGAGUUUUUCUGUAGUUUGUUGUUUCCUUUUAAGACAAAACAGUGAAGAAAUGUCUGCUCCCGACAGUGCUAAUGCUAAAGCUAACGUGGACCAGAAGGUCCAGCAAUAUGAAACAUUCAUCAGCGAAGUCCUGAAGAGAGACUUACAGAAGGUGGUGGAGCAGAGGGAUCAGGUUUAUGAGAAGAUCUCUCAGUACCUGCAGCUGAAGAACACCAUACAGAGUCUACAGGAGGCGGGCUCUCAGCAGCUGAAGACGGAUGUAGAUCUCGGCUGUAACUUCUACGUUCAGGCUGAAGUUGAGGAUCCAUCCAGGAUCUUUGUGGCGGUCGGUUACGGUUUCUUUGUGGAGAUGACUCACGACGAGGCUCUGAGGUUCAUCGACAAGAAGACGAGUCAGCUCACAGCCUUCACGGAGCAGCUCACAAAAGACUCCGCCAAAAUAAAAGCCAACAUCCGCAUGGUGCUGGAGGGUUUGAGGGAGCUGCAGGGACUGACUGACCUGCCAGAGAGCAGAAGAAGAGACGUUUUCUAGACUUUUUUCGAGCUGCCGGACAGCUGCAGAGGACGCUUUAGUGAAAGCUGGCUGCUGAUGUCAGAGGCUAUUAAUGCCUGCAUCCCAAGGGGGCGCCGCAGAGCUAAAGAGGAGGGAUAGUGCCCGAGCCUUAUCAGAGUCAAAUCUCUGUCAGACCUGAACUCACAGUCAUCAAACAUUCAACGUGACUUUGAUUUCUUGUGAAUCUCAUCUGUUGAAAACCAGAGAAAGUUCGGAGCCCGCCUGAGAAUAUUCCUGUUUUAUUUUGUGUUGGAUUUGUUUUUCUUUUCUUCAUCACAGUGAAAGUUUCCUGUAAAAGACCAGGAUUACCAGAGGUAGUUUGAGUCAAUGUGAAUA